AUACGAGACCAUCAAUCCUCGUCAAGGUAGCGAGCUACGUCGCAGACAGCUAGGUAUGGCUUCCACUGCCAAUCGCAACGGAGCAGGCCGGGAGCCAACGCCCACCUCGCCCUCUCCUUCGCCCGAGCCCAGCGGUGACCCGGCCUCUGCUAGCGAUCCUACCCUCUCCACUUCCACUCCCAAUCCCUUCCAAUUCGGACCCGGAGCCUCGUCCGCCAAUGGCCUGGGCGGCUCCAUGGUGGGAGGUCAGAACCAUGGCUCAGUGCCCUUCCAUGAGCUUCUGAGUCUCGAGGAAGACCCCAAUGAGCCACUGAGACAGCAGGUCGAGGAUCGGACCAGGAGCGUAAUCGAUUCGCUGUACCAGCUCGCGGUCUGCGCUGCCGAUGUCCAGCCAGGAAGGGAGGACAUCGUCGGCGUCAAAGUUAACGAUCUCGUCUCGCACCUCUCCUCCCUCUCUUCAACCGCAUCAGCCAACCACGAUCUCCUGCCAUUUGUCCCCGAAGACGUGCUAGAGGCAAUCGACGAAGGCAGGAAUCCAGAUGUGUGGAGCAGAAAUAGGAUGGGUCGACUAGUGUCCGACAAUCAGCAGAUUGCGGGGCAACGUUGGGCCAUUGAGGAAUUCCGUCAGUGCCUCACAAAAUCAGUCGCUGACGUCUUCCCCGAGCUGGCAGAAGAAGGAGAAGCCGAGGGAGGGGAGGGCGUACUGGCUCAAAUGGAGCGGGAGCACCAGGCUCUACGAGCUCAACUCGACCUGCCACCAGAGGACACUCCAGCAGAGGGAGCAACAAGUGAAAUGGAAGGCAGGACAGAUGUUGAGAUGGCUUCUUGAUAUGAUCAGGUAGAGGGGUUGGAAGUACCAAGCACAGCAAAACAGACAGAAGAGAUGCAUUUGUACAAUAGUCAUUAUUGAUCCCACAGCACCACGAAACGUACAGUAUCAGAAUAAAUCAGACAGACAUGGUAUGAUUGCGCUUCAGUCCCCCAAUUCAG